AUGCCUCUUCGAUGCAUGCAACAAAAAUCAUCAGAGCUAAAAAAGGAGGAAAAGAAAAAGAAGAAAGUUCCCAUUGUUCCAAAGAAGCCCAAAAGUGAGAAAUUUGAAAAGUUAGAGGCCCUUAGCAAACGGCUGCGUCUUUGCAUCCUUAAGCGAGUAAACCAUUGUAGACAUCCCACUUCAUGA